AUGUCGGCGCCGACCGAGAUCAUCAUCGGCCUCGUCAUGGCCGCCAACUCGGGGGUGCCCGUGGUGUCCAUCUUGCGGCGGCGCCAGCUGCGCGAGGCGACCAUGUACCGCCUGCUGGCCAGCAUGGCCUCGGCUCAGGCGCUGGUGGGCGUCAUCUCGGCCGUGCUGGGCACGCUGAGGCUGCUGCCAACGCCCCCGCCCGACUGGGCGUGCGCGUCGCUGCUGUUCCUGAGGUCAGCCCUUGGCACGUCCACUGUCGUCUCGCUGCUGGCGCUGAGUGUGGAGAGGUACGUCACGGUCGUGCACGGCCUGCGCUACUUCGACAUCGUCACCAACCGGCAUCGGCUGCUGCUGCUCGCCGCCUCCUGGCUCGUCGCGGCGCUCUUCUGGGCGUUCGGGAUGGCGCUCCGCGGAGCGUCCGGGGACGACAGCGACAUGUGUAACCACUGGGAGUCCAUUCCAUCCGCCUUCCGAGGGCCGCAACCGACGCAGUGUCCCUGA